AUGCUGACCCUCCAUCGACACACGGGCCGCGUUUUCCGUCUGCAGUUCGACGACUUUCAGAUUGUCUCCUCCUCCCACGACGACUCCAUCAUCAUCUGGGACUUUGUCAGCCCGACCGUCGGUCAGGAGGAGUGCGACGAUGGCUUUGCAGACGCGCCCUGGUGUGGCCAGGCGAUGCACGGUGGUGCCCACCAAAGUACAAACCCGGUGAACUUAUCCACUACCAUGACGAGUGAGCCACAUGAUAACACAAUGGGUACUGGGGACAAUGAACACGACUCUGCCUCUCAGGAUAACGGAAGCAUGCCACGGGGUUUUUCGCAGCAACAUGAGCAAUUAGAGCGACGACAACCGCACCUCGAGUUCAUUGGCACCAAUGGUGACCGCACGAAUGACCUUUCAUCCUCUUCACCCUCGCCAAACCAUGCGCACUGA